GGCCUUGAAUCCUGGUGCCUUUGUGCGUAGGAAUCCCCGUAUGUCGCAUUUCCAUGCUCUCCGGCAGGCGUUACUAGAUCUCCAGACCAUAUACAUACGAAUAUCUUCACUUGACCACUUCAAUCUUUUUCUCUUGCAAUGAUUGUGAAUACGCUCGCUGCUCUUGCUGUCCUCAGCGUGGCUUUGUCGAACUCUGCCGCAGCCGCACCCUCCGCAAUCCAAGGCCUUCCGCCUUCUGGGUCGUACCGCAUCCAGAAUUUAGCUACUGGUCUCUACAUCGAUGAUAAAGACCGCAAACAGAAUGCAGGAACUCCCGUCAUUGUUCAGAUUCUCAACAACCCAACGACUUCGAACCAGGAGUGGAGGGUGGACAUAUUCGGUGGCAACGUUGCGACCCUUCAAUCGAACGCAGGAAACAGCGGGGUCAUUGUCAACUUAUCUAACCUCCUUCUUGAGCUCAACCCUACUAUGCAAACUGAGUUUCAGAUUGACCCUGCUCCAGGUGGUUUCACCAUUUGCGGCUGGCCAAAUCCGGGAGGCAUUGGAUGUUUAACGUCGCCUUCGACUCCGGUUACUCAGAUCCCAGUCCAGGGUCCCACCGGCGCAGACAACCAAAUCUGGAUGUUCCAUCCUGUCUAAGUGUUAUCUGUAUUGCUAAAUGGGGGAAUGUGAACGCCCUCCACGGGACGAAGGCACUAUGGGCAAUGUCCAAUAACGCCGGAUACGACGAUGAAGGAAAUUACUAUCACUAUCGUCUUGAAGCUUUGUCUUACUACACUACGUUCAAUAUGACCGUCGGUGAUGAAUCAUUUUACGUAAC